UGUCAUGAUAGGGAUGUGCCCAUCGGAAAUGACAUUCGACGAAACGCAAAAACAUUGCGUUCAGACGAACGAAACACUACCAAACACGGUUAGAGUUUAUGAUGAGUCUCAUGACUGCGAUGUGAUGAUCCCGAACUGCAAUGAAGCUGGUAUAUUCCCUGUCCCAUCAAAUUGUACAUUCUUUUUCGAUUGUCAAGAAUAUCCGCACGGUUACCAUCAGUACGUAUUCAAAUGCCCUUUUCAAACCAUGUUUCAUCCAGAUUUACAUCGUUGUAUUCCGAUGACGAGGUGCUACCAUGAUCAGUUCGAGAUUUUCAAUCAUUUUAGCGGUGAAUAUUUUCCAAAAUGUACCGUUCGAGGUCAGUUUCGAACAUCAAACGAUUGCAACCUAUAUUAUCGCUGUAUUCCCAACAUGGAUGGAUCAUUCUUUCAAAUUCGAUAUGAAUGUCCGCCAACGAUGCAAUACAGUAUAGAACGGGAGCGAUGUGUACCAAGAUAUACAGAAAAUUGCUACUACAUGCCAUUGGAUAAGAUCAUCUUGGACUAUACCGAGAGACAUAAUAUAUCUUAUGAUGAUGGCGGUACUCAUCAUACAACUUCAAUUAGUACCAUAAACACCACCAUAACAACCAACGGUCCUUGUACAUGCACAACACCAGCACCUACCUCGGAGUGUUUCGCUUCCGAGAUAUCAACACCAAAUUCUCUACCAACUAGCCAGAUCACACAACCUUCAUCGACCAUUACAACAUCCAUUCCCGCAAACACCGCAAAUAGUGAAGCAACGACAACUCCAAUCAAAACUCAUACACCCGAAACUACGGCACACACCCGGAUCUCAACAGUUGUUACAACAAUUUCCACUAUGAGCGUGAAUAAUUCGAUAGGUGAUUUAACCAAAGCUAUAAUAACCAAUCAAGCGUCAACCUACAUGACUGAUGCGCCUAGUGAGGAAACAACUGAGGUUACUGACACCAAUGAAACAUAUGCAACAACGCCAUCUUUAGUAACAGAUUCCGCGUCAAAAACGAGUGUGACUUUCCAAUCAAGCACAACUGUAUCGGAAACAUUUGAUUCCACAGUGUCUACGUCUACUAUUACCGAUAUCUCAGAACAAAGCGACCCAAUUUCUAUCGAAACAUUUUCCACCAGCUCUGAAUUAGAAUCCACUGCAUUACCUACCCAUCAAGACCUGAAUUCAAGUGAUAUUUUUACAUCGACAACCUCCUUAUCACCAACUGAAAGUGAAGAUUCCGAUUCAUUCGAAUACGUCACAUGGGAUGACGAUAGUGUGAGUAGAAAUAAAUUCACACCAAAGCCAGCUACAACGCUCAGAUCUAACAAACCUCGUGUUCGGUAUAUCGAAAAUAGUACCUAUAUCUUUCCGGACUCCAAAUCUUGGGAAAAUUCCUUUGACGAAGCGCCAGAUGCAGACUGUACUAUUAAUGAUGAGUCGUGCAGAUCAUCGAGCAUCGGUUUAUCGAUCCUAGAUAAUAGCACUGUAACUGAAUCAUCAGAUUCGAUAACAGGUACUUCAUCACCACAGUUGAACGAAGUGCAGUGUUUCUGCAAUGACAAAGGAGGUUUAACCUGCGACGGUGUCGAAGGACUACAGAAGGGAGUGAUGGAAAUUCCCGGUUAUAUUCUACGUAUUCGAGAAAUUACCAAAAACAAAUGCGAAAAGAAUGCUGAUUUGAAUGCCAUCAUCGUACUGCGAUUGCGCUAUCCCAAUUCCUACCGAAUAGAGGCCGUUGCCAAGAAAUGUGACUAAGGAC